AUGUACUGUGGUGAAGAAGACAAGCCUGGCAGUGUGAAAAGCCAGUCUUCAAAAUCUGGUGCUGCUACCCACUAUCUGUGCGACUAUGGCACUCCAUGCCUUAGUUCUAUUCUUUGUCCAAUGGGAAUGACUGGAGUGUCCACCUCAGGUAACCUCUAUUCCGAGGCGGCAGUGGCCACAGCCAGCAGCGCACGAGGGCCUCAGCGGACCUCCGCCCGCAGCGCGGCCCAGUGCACGCCGGUCCCGCUGCCCGGCGCCAGCUGCCCACUCCGCAGUGGCGGCUCCGCUCUCGACCGCGCCGUUCCGUUUGGCGGCCCGUCGGCCAGCCGCCCGCCCAUGCUCUCAGCUACCAGGCGGGCUAGCCAGCUCUUCCCCAUCCGCUUUCCCGUUUCGAGAAUGGGCGACUCCGCCUCUAAGACCGUCAGCCCCCAGGAGGCCUUGCCGGGCCGGAAGGAGCCGAUCCCCGUUACGGGUGUGUGCGCUCUCAGUGCCGGCGUCUGUGCCUCCCUCUUUCUUUCUCUUGUGUACGGUCCGCUGGGAUACUGGCCACUUUCAGCGAUGGUGCCGUGUUGUGUUGUCACUGGAAGCAAUGGAAUGAUACAGAACGAUGAAAACUGCAGUUUUGAAAUUGUAUCUCAGACCACUGUACCGAUUGCAAGAAUUAUCCUCAGGCUUCCAUUAUCCUCCCUGAGUGCCCGGUUUCUCCCAAUUGGCAGGCGCUGCCUCUGGCCCCGUGCUCGCGGGUCUGCCGCUAUCAGUAGUCGGAGGUGUCGCUUUAAAGUUGUGCUUUACAAACUUAAAAAUAAUUUUCUAAUCUCAUACCAAAACUUUCGGAAAAUACAGUAA